AUGGCUCCAACACCCCGGAGCACGACCUCUAGCACUCAUCACAGCUCUAAACAUCAGAGACGUACGCCAUAUACCAAGGCUACUAAGGCCACCAAGACAGUCGCUCCGCAAGCCUAUAGACAACAAAAUAUGCAAUCUGCAUGUAUUUAUGUUGAUCAAGCAGUUGAACUUCCACCUCAAGUUGAUGAGUAUGUACGUCAUGUUCUUGGUACCACGUCUUGGGAAGACCGAGUGCCAAUCCCAGACCAGCUUGGAUCGCAGCGACGUUUCCUUGAUCUAGCAGAAACAUUCUGGAGCCAGUCAAGGAACAGCGCUAGCAAGUGUGCGCUCGAGGGCGACUGGCAAUGUAACCUCUAUCAGCUUGUGAGCACCAUGGCCGAACUGUCGGGAGGUGUGCUAGAAACAAACGUGUCCGAGAAACUUUGGAAUCCACAGCUCAUAGGAAGGCUAUCAUCACUUGACAAGUCGCGGAACGAAGCCAAGGAGCCAACACAUACCGAUUCCCCUGGCAUCGAUGCCAGUGUUGUUAUGGUCACGGACCUCGACCCUUCUGAGUCAAUGUCGCUAUGUUCACACUCCAACUCAGUUAUGUCAACGGCUAGGACGAAUGUGAAGAGCUCAUCAGACAUAUUGACACCAAAACCAGACAUUACGAUGGGACUCACACACAAGGCAUUCACGCGAGAGCAUCAGCGACUGCUCAUUGAUUACCAGGAUCGCGAGUUGAUCUUGAGCGAUCCUCAUGCGGCUGUGAUGGGAAUGCGGUUUCCGUUUAUGAUUGCAGAGCUAAAGUCAAUCGCUCCUCUCUCCAAGGCGCAAAACCAGGCUGCUGUUGGCGGUGCCUGUAUGUUGACGAUCCUGGAGGAUCUGGCUUACCAGGCAGCACGCGGCACCAACCUUCAAGCACCGCCGUUGACAACGGCAGCAGAUCUGCCUCUAGUGCCGGUGUUAUGUUUCUCCGUCGUCACUGAAGGACCUGUGCACGAACUAUGGGUGCACUUCAGGCGCGAGGACGGUUUCCACAUGGUUAAUCUUAAGAUAUGGCGCACCACGAUAAGAGGCCACGCUGAGGAGCUUGUUAAUUGUCUAGGCCGGAUAACUGAGUGGGGGAAAGGGCAUUUCAAAGACCGCGUUCUUGAGAUGCUGGGUCGAGUGCGGAACCUCUAG